AUGGGAAGAAUCAGAAAAGUGCUCAACAAAAUUGGCAAAGGGUUUAAAAAGGUCAAAAAGCCGCCGCCACCAGUGAGUUUUGAGGAGUCCCAGGGGUCUAGAAGCUCACAGGAUUCUAUAGAAGUUCACACUGAACUCCAGAAUAUCUAAAGUGCCCUUGAACUCUUCUCUUCCAGACCUACGACAAUCUUCCAAUGGAGAUAAAAAUGGAAAUCAUCAACAUGCUUGGCUCGGAAGGUAGAUCAAAUAUGUCGCAAGUCUCAAGAUUAUCCGAAACCCUCUGCAAAACAUCACCUUACUUCCUACAAUAUCUGAAUUUCCGAAGUUCCACUAGUAUUCCAGCAAUUUUUGUUGGACAUUCGAUGAAUCACACCGAUUAUCGAUUGAAUUUUGAGAAAAAUGAGAUGAUUUGGUGAGCAUAGAGCAUAGAAAGUUAGAGAAAAUCAUGUUUUUUGUGUUUUUGCAGCUCAAAAUCCGACGAGGGAAAAGAACUCUGGAGAGAAAAAGUUGGAAACUCCAGGAAAGAAGCAAAUUUGAAUUGUUGCAGGCAAUUCGAAAAGUUGCUCCACGAGCAUCAGAAUUCGAUCAGAUCUCUUCAUAUUCGUCCGUAUGCUGCAGAGACUUUUGACAUUGAUGUUGAGAAAUUGCCAAGAUUGGAAAGACUUCAAAUCACAACUGAUAAUGGUAUUAGUUAUGGCAAGAUUUUUUGGAAGCUCACGAAACCUUUGGACACUCUUAUUAUCAAUCAGGGUUAUAAUUCAAGAGUUGAUUAUCGGGUUUUGCAAUAUGAACAGGUAAAUUAUUUUUCUCUGGGCUCUCUAGCCUCUCUAGCCUCUCUAACUCUCUCUCCCUUAUUUUCAGAUCUACCAUGCUCACAAUAGAAUCGUGUUCAAUAAACUGCGAUUGAAAUAUGAGAAUCUCAUCAAACUGACAGCUAAAAACGUGGAAAUGGAACUUGGAAGAUUGACGGAAAAAAACAUUGCAGAUUGGUUGAAAUUAUAUCAAAAUGGAGAAUGGAAACACAGCAUUAUUUAUUACAUGAUUUUUGUCGGAGAGCGAGACUUUGAUUGCGAAAAAUUGUGGAAACUUCUUGGAAGUUCGGAAAAGAAUUUGUGAGUUAGCAAAACUUUUUUUUAUGUAAAUCCAAUUUUCUCACAUUCAGUGAAAAACUUCUUGCCAUUCGAAACAGCACUAAUCGCAGAAAAUUGAUGUAUUUGCAGUUUGAAGGGGGAUAUUUGAGAUUGAAAAAUCUUACGGGAUAA